CGCCGUGACCCAUUUCACCGAACAAAGGAUUUUGCUGGAAUCUCAGCGCGAGACCUAAAAUGGCGCCGGCGCGCUCGGCCGCCCCCCCCCGCCUUUCUCCCCCGCGGGCACCAUAGAGAUGGGGCGGGCCGGGGCGGAUAGAGCGGCCCCUCCCCCUGCCUUCUCUAGGCGGCCGUAGUCCGGCCUCGCUGGUGUGCGGGGAGGGGGGGCGGGCAGCCGGGAAAGGCGCUUGUCACAUCAUGGCGGGCGAGGGCGACUCUGAGCCGAGCAAGUCCUUUAAACUCCUAGGAUUUCUUGAUGUUAAAAGUGUCCCAUGUUCACGAGAAUCAGUGCUCUAUGGCUCCGUGGGAUCUUUAGUUGUGGGUCUUGGACAUUUUUUAGCAACUAGUAGAGUUAGAAGAUCUUGUGACUUUGCAGUCGGUGGUUUUAUUUGCACAAUGUUAGGAUACUGGUUUUACUGCAGGUACAAUUUGGCCCAACACAGGAUCCGUCAAAGGAUGCUUAAAGAAGGAAUGAGAAACAAAAUUUUAUUUGAAGGCAGUUCUCUUGAUCCAGAAAGAAAACAAACUGGCAAUGAAGGAAGCAAUUCAUAGUCUGCGAUAGAGGAAUCCGUGGUCUAAUACAGCUCUGGGAGAAGGUGGUCCAAAAAUGGCAGUCUUUCCUGUAAAUGUGUGAGGUGCCUAAAACUGACAAAUCAUGCUGGUUUUCCUAGCAAAUCCGAGCAAGAAAUUCACAGUGAAUCUUUCAAGUCAGCGUACAAGCCUUUCUUUGUUUCAUGUAUGUAUGUAUGUAUGUAUAUGACUAUGUACACAGUUAAGAAUGACCUCCUAAUAAACAUCUGGGAACUGAUGUGUUCUGCUAGAGGGUCUCAGAGGAUUAAUGGCAGUGUUUCGGGGCUGCUUUGACUUCCAUUACAAACAGAAUGGUUCAUUUUAGCAAAUUAUAAUUAUGUCUCAUUUAAAUACAGGAAAAUAUUUUCAUUAGCUGUUCUCUGAGUAAGUGUAUCCUUCAGUGCUACUGUUAAUUGUGCUUUUGUGAAACGGCAAUAUUUUAACAGUAGGUGAAGGCUUUGCUUGUGCAAGGUGGGUGAUAUCAGUAGCCUUUGUAAGAUUUCAGCUGCAGAAUAACUUCACAUAAUUUAUAUAUACAGUGUGAAGUUGAAGGAUUUCUGGUUUUGUUCUGUGUGAAACUAAAUAAAAUCACACUUCAGAAGCAGUCUAA